AUGGCCAAUAGUAAUCUACCCCGAAGAAUCAUCAAGGAAACGCAACGUCUGCUAAGCGAACCGGCUCCAGGGAUAAGUGCAUCUCCGUCUGAGGAUAACAUGAGGUACUUCAACGUUAUGGUUCUUGGUCCCUCUCAGUCACCUUAUGAAGGUGGAGUUUUCAAGUUGGAGCUCUUUUUGCCUGAAGAAUACCCUAUGUCAGCCCCCAAGGUUAGGUUUCUCACCAAGAUAUACCAUCCUAACAUUGAUAAGCUUGGAAGAAUCUGUCUUGAUAUUCUGAAAGACAAGUGGAGCCCUGCUCUACAAAUACGAACAGUGCUCUUAAGUAUUCAAGCUCUUCUGAGUGCACCAAACCCUGAUGAUCCGUUGUCUGAGAACAUCGCUAAGCAUUGGAAGAGUAAUGAGGCAGAAGCUGUGGAGACAGCUAAAGAAUGGACCCGUCUUUACGCAAGCGGCGCAUGA